UCUGGUGGACCUGACCAGCCAUUUUCUAUUCUCUUUAAUGCCACCGGGAGAUUUACUCGGCCAAUAUCAGCGAUUCAGCUUCAGGUAGGGACCAAAACAAAGCUGAGGCAACGAAGGACAAGAACAGCGUCUAGGGUCACCACCCUAUCCAUGUGUGUUUCCUGAUGGGCAGCUGGUCCCGCGGUGCUGUGCUGGAGCUGUACAGGGCGCUGCUCCGCGCAGGGCGUCACCUUCAGUACACCGACCGGAACUACUACCGCCGGGCCGUGGCCCGUGAGUUUCGGCGCUGCCAGGCCCUGACCGUACCCGAGGAUAAGGAGGAAGCACUGAAGAGGGGCCAGUUCUUUCUCAACAGCAGGCUGGGCGGGCUUAUGUAGGGCGGGGGGAGGGGAAGGGAACACCCGGUGGUGGGGUCAAGAGGUCGUCAGGAUCUGCAUCUCUCAGGUUUGUAUGCUCUCGGUGGCAGGAUGGCGGGCGUGAACGGAGACCGCAAGGGGAAGAAAGAUGACAACGGGAUCGGGACCGCUAUCGACUUCAUGCUUUCCAAUGCCAAACUCGUUCUGGGUGUGGGCGGGGCAGCCAUGCUGGGCAUCGCGACCCUCGCUGUCAAAAGAAUGUAUGACCGGACCAUAAGUGCCCCCACCAGCCCCACCAAGAUGCAGCAGACGGGGAAGAGAAGCUGGGAAGAGCCGGCCUGGGUGGGCUCGUCUCCACGAGUUCUCAACCACGACAUGAAGUCCACAGUUAGCCGCUCCCUGCAGUCUCUGCCCACGACCUCUUGCUCUUUUGAACCAGACUGCCUGCGCAGAGCCGCAGGUCGCUCCGCGGUGGGAGGAAGCGGCGCCACCCAGUCCAGCCUGAUGCAGGCCCGCAUGCGCCUCUCCCUGCAGGAGCGUCUGUGGGACUUUUACCAGACCAGGGUCAACAUCCCCGCCGAGGAGCAGGCCACGGCCAGGAGGGCGGCGCUGGACAUCUGCGCCGAGCUGCGGGUCUUCCUUCACGCCAAGCUGCCUGACAUGCCACUCAGAGAGAUGUACCUCAGCGGCAGUCUCUAUGACGACCUGCAGGUGGUGACGGCCGACCACGCCCAGCUGAUGGUGCCUCUCGUGUUGGAGAAGAACCUGUGGUCGUCCAUCCCCGGCGAGGACACCAUCAUGAACAUCCCGGGGUUCUGGCUCGUCCGCAGGGAGAACCUGGAGUACUUCCCUCGCAGCAGCAGCUACUGGGACCGCUGCAUGGUCGGCGGCUACCUCUCCCCCAAAUCGGUCCUGGAGGUCUUCGACAAGCUCGUCGCCGGCUCCAUCAACUGGCCCGCCAUCGGCAGCGUCCUCGACUACAUCAUCCGCCCCGUGGUUCCCUCGGAGACGCUCACCCUGGAGGUCCAGUACGAGACGGACCGCAGGCUGUACGUGGACUUCCUGCCUCUGCUGGUGAUGGAGGACGGAACGUCGCUGAUCGCCAAGCCACACCGGCUCGCCGCCGAGCGCCAUGAGAACUUGUGGCGGCAGAGCUUCCGCGUGGCCGAGACGGCGCGCCUCCGGGCGCUGGACCAGGAGGACGGCGGCUGCCGGUACGCCUGCCUCAAGGCGGCGAAGGCGGCGUGCAAGCUCAACCCGGCUCUCCACCGCCUCAACUCCAGCCAGCUCACCAACGCCAUCCUGCUGCUGAGCGAGAAGGAAGGCGACUGGACGCGGGAGGCGCUGGCCGACCGCUUCCUGCAGCUGCUGCGAGCGCUGGUGGGACACUUGGAGGCCGGGAGGCUGCCGUGCGCCCUCAACCCCAAAGUUAACUUGUUCUGCGAGCUGACGGAGCAGGAAGUGGACGAGCUGGGGUACACGCUCUACUGCGCCCUGUCAGAUCCAGAGCAGCUGCUGAGAACUGCUGCGGAGCCGUGAAACGACUCCAACAAGCAACAAAUUAGAAGCCAACGUCAGUUUUUUUUUUUUUCUUUUUUAUUAUUUUUGGGGGUCAAAUAUUCUUCAGUCGUGAUGAAGCUCCAGAAGAAAAAACCCUGCAUGGAAAACAAAUCACCUCUUUUUGUUCUUGUUACCUCUAAAAAACCAUCAGUGAGUAACCAUGACGCAGUGUUGGACUCGCCUCAAAGCCAUUGUAUUAAUGAAGUUUAGCCUGUUGUGCUCAGAUCACCUCUGAGGUCUUUAACUUCCUGUCGUGUAGAAAGAGGAAUGCACAAAUUCAGCUUUAUUUGGGCUCCUUUGACCUCCAUUUGCAGUUACUAUGGCAACUGUUACCAAUCUGUUUUUAAUUUAGUUUCAAAGGAUUGAAUGUAAUGUUAAGUGUUGUAUGGCAAGCCAAUGUGUAAUAAAAUCCUGAUCAGCCUCAACGACUCGGCGUUCUUAAAAAUAAAACGAUGUAAGAAUCAAAUUUCUGCACAUUUAAAUUUCAUUAAUACAGUGGCUGAUUAACGUAUUUCACACUAUGGUACCUUGCAAAAGUAUUCACACCACUUUAAUUUUUUUUUUCACAUUUUGUCAGCUUACAACCAUAAACUUUUAUCUAUUUGAGUCAAAUUUAUCGACCCAAACAAAGUGGUUCAGGAUCUGAAAAGUGUGGCGUGCAUUUGUUUUCUGCCCCACUUACUCUAAAAUCUUCAAAUAAAAUCCAGUGCAUUAGUAAAAUAGACUCAGACCUGUUUGUAAUUUAAUCUAGUGACAGCAGCAGUAUGAAUUUAUUUAUUUAUUUAUUUACUUCAGUGGCAUCAAAACAAAGAUGGCUGAACUCAUUUACGCCAAACUGCUUCAACUUCUGGCUGAAACAUUUGUUCUCCCUCGCGUGUUCACUUGUGACAAAAUGUGAAAAAAGGUUCAAUUGUUGUGACUUUUGUGUGACACUGUGCAAAAACUUUUGAACGUCGUGGUCCCAGCGCGAUGUAGAAAGUGGUAAAAGUUUAGUUGAGAUUCUAACUGGAGGUGAAACAGGACGACCAUAUAAGGCGAGCAGGAAAUGCCCGAUUUGUUGCCGGUGAGGAUAAAACAAAAAGCUGCUCUUUGUUUGUUGGAAUAAAAAGGAGUUUUAUUCUGUAAUUGCUUGGACGUGGAUGUGGACACAAAUUAUCAGAAAAUAUUUUAACCCCGUCUGGUUCGUUCAUUUGGAGCCUAAAUCUUUGUAGCAAAUUUAAGAUAACCCAUAAACUACCAGAUAGGCUGCAGAAGCUGCUCCAGUUUCAGUUUGGAGCACUUUGUUCAUUCUGAUGCCUUUAGGCGUGUGUAAAUGCAGAUUCAUGUAAAGGAUCCAGGCAGUGUUGUGUUAAGCAGCCAGACGUUAGAUUGGAUUAAGGUGCAGGUCUGUGUCGCUACGGCUAAAAGGACCAGGAGGGAUCCAUUAUUAACCUGCAGUCGGUAAGCUGCUUCUGCCCGUCUGAUCUUUGUGUUGAACAAUAGUUUCCAGGUGCUAAUCUUAGGUCAUGAUCAGGAUCUUAACACAGGCCUGCAGGUACAGCGUCUCGCUAAACAAACCGUUAAAUCAACGCUGUAGGAUCUGAAGUGGAACGGAACUAAUAUGGCCGUCACUUUAUUUCACAGGGUUCUGGUAAAUUUUCCCUUUCCAAAAUUUUCUGUCUUUAUUUUCAACAUUUGAGCACAGAUAUUUAAACUUGGUUGGCGGCUUUUUUUUUUUCUCCUCCAUUUUGGCUUUUUUGUUAUGUUUUUGCGUCGGGACAAACAGAGACAGACCUUUUGAAUUCCCGUCGUCAUAAGUCACAGCUUGGGAUCUUUUAAGCUUUAUUUGGUGAGAAUAAAAAAAGUUAGUGUCAGAACUAUCUUUAGCAUCUUAAUCAGACCAACUUGUGACACCUUUGUGUCAUAAGUUUUAAGAAGGUCCAAAAGUUCAAACAGUUGAGUUGAAUUAUUUUCAGUGAGUUUUGUUUUUAUGUUGCAAAAUGAAAGCUAAAAGUCAAUUUUAACCCAAUUUUCUCAGAAAAGUGUCUGUCUUUUACCAGAUUAAUAAACUUACGUUUCAAUACCCAGUUAUGCUUUAUGCCAUACUUCUAAAGACUGUAUUGGAACCCUGAUGCACAAAUUAGACAAAAGUCACAUAUUUGUUUUCUACCACAGUAAGAAAAUGUUAAUGCAGCCGUCAGCUUUGGAGAUUUGUGUCAAUUUUCUUUGCAAAGUAUCUUAAGCUCAGUCAGGAUGGAUGGAGAGCAUCUGCGUAACAUCCAGAUUUUCCACAGAUGAGCUUAUUUUGGUCUGGACUUUGACUAGGCCAUUGAUGCUCAUUGAACUAAAGCAUUCCACUGUCGCUCUGGCAGCUGGAAGGUGAACCUCCAACCUGAUCUCAGGUCAGUGCAGUUUCUAACUGGUUCUCUUCUCCUCUGUCCCCACAGCAUGCUGCUGCCACCGCUUAGAGAUGGGGUUGACAUGCAGCGCAGUAUUAGUUUAGUUUUACUCAUAGGAAAACUUUAAAUGGAGUAUUAAUACUUUUGCAAGGCAGCUUUCCUUUUGUUUUUUAGCCAAAGAUUGUGUUCAUUUGCUCAGAAAUCAGUGAUUCGCUCCCAGAAUAUAAAAGUUUAUUCCAAAUUAAAGAUAAGUAGGAACAGCUGCCAGACUCAAGUAGAGUUAGUCACACAUCUAGUUGUUCUGUUUUCACUCUUAGCCUUAGGAUAAAGUUGAAACAUCACCUCAUCUCCACACAUGUAAUCCUGUUCAUAUCGUGUACAUUGAUCGAUUUAUUUAAUCAUGACAAAAGAAAACAAGUGAAUAUUUUUGUAUUUAUUAAACAUUUGUAACCAAAAAAAGAGAGCUGAAUAUUUAUUUUCACUGAUUCAGGUCAACAUAGAACGGUACAUAUCUGUGCAUUAUCAAGUGCUUUGGUCAGAGUGUAGAGUUUUCUGUGCAUAUGAUGAGUCUUCCUCUGCAUAUUAAUUCAUGCUGUACGUUACUACUGUGCUAAAGUGAGGCGUCGCCAUGCCACGUCCGAAAAUAAAACCCAAAACCGGUCGCUUCUUCUGAGCGGAGGGCAGCCGUACGCUGUGAUGCAUGUAACCCCAAAACCCAUGAGUUCUUUUUAAACAUUGGAGCACUUUGUAUACGUCAAUAAACGUUGAAAUGAU